AACAGAUUGAUUAUGUCAGCAAAAAAAGGUUACUCCCAGUCGGGGAGCUAUAGUGGAGAUGGCGGCGGAGGCCGUAGCGGAGGUAGCGGUGGAAACAUGUGUUUCAAUUGUGGCAAAUCGGGUCAUAUGAGCCGCGAGUGUCCCGAACCGGACAAACGCCGCACCGGAAGCGGUGGACGAAGUGGUGGUGACGGGAGUGGCGGUAACCGCAGACAAGUCACUUGUCAUAAGUGCGGCCAAUUGGGUCAUAUAAGUCCGCAGUGUCCGCAACAACGAGCUGGUGGUGACCGCCGCGGCGACCACAGCACCAGUACUCGUGGUGCCGGUGAUUGCCAUCGGGCCCUACCGUUCACUAGUGGUCGGCCAACACAACCCCCACAACAACAACAACAGCAGCAGCGGUCCCCUCGAAGUAAAGAGAUCCCGUAUAUUCCCGAUGAGAGGCCGAGUAAAGCGAGCGCGCAGUUUGUCCGCCGCCCCGACACCGGCGCUAAAGGCACACGCAUUCAACUAAUCGCCAAUCAUUUCCGACUAAUCAUCGAAGACAUAGUCGUAAACCACUAUCACGUGGAGUUCGAGUGCGGCGCCCGAACCCUGGGUCAGGCGGUCGCGUCCGGUGGCGGCGAUGCCGGAGCCGAUCGCGAGUCCAAGAAUAAAGUACGCAAAUUGCGGCAAAAGGAGAAUCGGCAGGUGUUCCGCGAGUUCAUGUCUAAUCAGCCGCAGCUGUUCCGCGACCCGCAAACUGGCGACCAAUUGUUGCCCGUAUUUGACGGCAAUUCAAACUUCUACACCAAAGGCCGUCUCUCUCAGGACGAGAACACCUGUACUAUUCAAGUGGCGAUCGACGGCUCCAAUCCGGUCAAUGUUAAUGUGACCAUCAAAUACACUCAACCCAUAGACUUGAGCACUAUUAACCUCUACUAUGACGGCCAGUCCGAUACAGUGCCCCGCGAAGCCAUGCAAGCAUUGGAUAUUAUCUUAAGAUACGGCCCGACAUCUGAUCGCAUACCGAUUGGCAACUCUUUGUACCCGAAAUGGGAUGAGAGUAACCCAAUGUAUGCGCGCGUCAACAUUGACAACGCGGGCCCCGACAGCGUUGGUUACAAACAAGUCGUGUUCGGUCAUUACCAGAGCACCCGAUUGACCAAAAUUGGUCCCACGAUUCUCGUGGACCGAUCGGCCACAGCGUUCUUCACCGGCGGCUCUCUCAUGGAUUUCAUGUAUAAAAUGAAACGCCAAUUGGAACAACGCAUGCGCAACGCAUCCGAGACCAAACUUUUUGAGAUUCUCGCCAAAGAGUGCAAAGGUCUGCGUGUAUACACUCAUCACUUGAGUUACCGGCGCUCGUAUACCAUCAAAGACUUGUCCCGCUUUCCGCCCGAUCGGCAAACGUUUGAAAUUGACGAAAACGGCCGCAAACGACAGGUUUCGGUCAAAGACUACUUCAAGUCGCAGUACAAGAAGGACAUCACCGAUACUGGUCUGCCCUGUCUUAUACCACAGGCCAAUAAACCCAUAUAUUUGCCCAUUGAGAUGUGCACAUUGCACCCUGAUCAACCCGUUUCCCGGGCCAAACUCGACCCGUUCAGCACAUCCAAAAUGGUCAGAGCGUGCGGCAGCCAAUCGCCGGUCGAGCGCUUCGACGCCAUUGAGGAGGCCGUGCGCACCAUCAACGAGACGUCCGCACCCUAUCUCAACGAGUUUAGCCUAUCGAUCGACACGCGUCCCGUGCAGGUGCCCGGCCGUGUGCUCACCAAACCGGACAUCAAAGGCCUGGACCGGGACGCCAACAAAACGAUGCACAACCCGAUACCACUCGAGCGCUGGGUUUGCGUCAAUCUGUGCGCUUAUAAUGUGAGUCGCGAGGCGUACGACAGCUUUAUAAGGGGACUGAUGGGCAAAUACGCCCACGAUGUGGGCAUGACUGUCAGUCGACCGGCCAAACUGUGGGAGUACGACCGCCAAACACCCAGCGAUAUCGCAGAGAUGUUCCGGUGCGCCAAACAGGACUGUCCGCGACUACAGAUGAUUAUGUUUAUCAUUCACGACACGGAUGACCUGAUCCACGCCAACAUCAAGUUCGAGGCCGAGUGUCAUCAGGGCAUCGUCACCCAGUGCGUUCUCGCCAAGAACGUAAAAACUCCCAAAGGUGGCCUUCAGUCGAAUCUAUUGCUGAAGAUUAAUACCAAACUCGGAGGCGUUAAUCGCAUACUUGAGUCAAAUGUGGAGAAACCUGAAGUCUUGCGUAAAGACAACUAUCGCGUGAUGUUUAUUGGCGCUGAUGUCACACAUCCGGCGCCGGCCGACAAAUUGGAAACAUCGGUGGCCGCGUGUGUGGGCUCUAUAGAUACCGAUUACUGCACAUAUUCGGCCAGUAUUAGGGCUCAGGAGAGAACAACUAAAGCACAGGCCGUAGAAAUGAUUAAGGAUUUCGAUGGUAUGAUUGCGGAGUUGUUGGCCGAAUAUAAAGGGGCGCAAAAAGGGUUUCCCAACCAUAUCAUCUAUUAU